AUGGCUGACUUCAACGCUCUGGCUACUCAGUUCACUCAAUUUUAUUAUCAAACUUUCGACACCGAUCGUUCUCAACUCUCAUCUUUAUACCGUGAUGAGUCUAUGUUGAGUUUUGAGGGCGCCCAACUCCAAGGUGCUAAGGAUAUUGUUGAGAAACUUAUGGGUCUCCCCUUCCAACGUGUCCAACACCGUAUUUCUACUUUGGAUGCACAACCUACCGGUGCUAACGGCUCCGUUGUUGUUAUGGUUACUGGUGAACUUUUGUUGGAUGAGGAACAAAUGGCACAACGCUACAGCCAAGUUUUCCAUCUUGUGAAUAAUGGCGGUAACUACUUUGUUUUGAAUGAUCUUUUCCGUCUUAACUAUGGUUAG